GCAUGCUUGUAUUUCCAGUUUGUCAGAAGUUCCCGAAGAUUGGUCCAUCUUACAGGUUUAAGCAGGCGGAAUUGCACAAAGGUGAACAAAGUUGACUUUGAAGAUACACUUAAACACAUGAUCGGUGGGAGUGUUACACUGGACAAAGAUGAGAGAAAUGGAAUAGCUGUUGUUUCUCUUGACAACAAGAAGAAAAAGAAUGCACUAUCAGGUUCUAUGAUGUGCGAACUAAAUGACAUUAUCAAUGAACUGCAAUCAUGGCAGACAGGAAAGGGUCUCAUUCUGAGAGGAGAAAACAAAACAUUUUGCUCUGGCGGAGAUCUUGACACUGUUAAAAGUAUUCUGUCUCCUGAACAGGGAUACAGUAUGUCAUGUUUCGUAGGACAAUGUAUGCAAAAUCUUUCUCAAUUACCACUCAUUAGCGUUGCACUGGUUGAAGGCAAUGCGUUGGGCGGAGGAGCAGAAAUGGCAAUGUCUUGUGAUUUUAUGGUUAUGUCUGAUAAAGCUAGAUUUGCAUUUGUACAAAAGAAAAUGGGCGUCAUAACUGGUUUUGGUGCUGGUACAAGACUAGUCAGAAAGUUUGGCACUUUGAAAGCUUUGGACAUAUUGGCCUCUGCUAGAACAAUGGAUGCCAAGGAGUGUGAGAGAUUAGGUCUAGCAAGUCAAAUAUUACCACAUUCGGAAAAUGUCCUUGAUCUGACAAAAUCUUGGUUACACAAUUACUGUGAAGGAGACACAAAAGUCAUUCGGAAUUUAAAAUCAAUGGUUGUUGCUGCUAGUAACUUAUCUCUUGAAGACUCACAUGCUAUAGAAAGGAAGUUAUUUAGAGAACUUUGGGGUGGAGAAAGUCAUUUGAAAGCACAAAAGAGUAAAUUAAAACAUUAGUUUCAAAGAAGUAUCACGAGUUUUCACAGUUUAAAAUUAAACGAAAGUCAACAAAUCAACACUAAUAAUAUUUAUAGAUAACUUAAUAAAGGUAUUGUUUAAA